UACCAACCAACUAUAUCAGACUAUUCAUUCUCUUUAGUUGGUAUCCUUUUUUUUUGUUUUCCAGUUAAAACCAAGAAAAACCAAAGCAAUAAACCUUGUCCAACUGUUGUUAGUUUGAGAGCUCAAGUUACCAAGAAAAGAUGGUGGGAGGUUUAUCUGUAGUGGGUUCAUCAGUUAUGGACUCUCAAACCGGUCCAUGUUUGUGCCUGGAUGCAUUGCCGUCCACCAACAUGAGCCUCAAAACUGGCGGGGAGUUGAUUAUGAAAAGGACGUUUUCAAUGAAAAGAAAGCACGCGGUACCAAAACCACGGUCUCUGGACUUGGGAAGCUCUUUUCUAAAUUCAUGGCAUGGUUCGAGGUUGUCUUACAAGAUGAUUCCAGGUGUCGUGAACAAGAGUUCAAGGAAACAGCGCAAGGACCGAAAACUCGUGGUUGUCGACAAUUUAGGAGGGCAGUAUGAAGAUACUUUUGGGGAUGUUAAAACGCAAUUACUCAACUAUUUCACGUACAAAGCAGUGAGGACUGUUCUGAAUCAGCUCUAUGAGAUGAAUCCACCGCAAUAUACAUGGUUCUAUCAGUUUACAGCAGCAAAUAAGCCCAGUGAUGGCAAGCGUUUCUUACGCAUCCUUGGCAAGGAGAGGCAAGAGCUUGCGGAAAGAGUGAUGAUAACAAGGCUUCAUUUGUAUGGGAAAUGGAUUAAGAAAUGUGAUCAUGCUGAAAUAUACAAAGAGAUUUCAGACGAGAACUUGGAGCUGAUGCGCGAGCGGCUCAUGGAGACUGUGGUUUGGCCCUCCGAUGAUACAAACACAGAGAAGAUUGGCUGAGGGACCCUAUUCUAUCUGAUAUUUUUUCUUCUUCUCUGCAAAUGCAACACGUUAUUGUAUGGUCCCAAGUGAAUGAUGUAUAUAAUACAACCUGUCAUUUUAGAUGGUUCUAGUGGAAGCUGAGAUUGCUCGAUGUGAUUUGAACUUGUGCAUUGAACUUUUCUUCUUUUGGAAAA